UCAUCAUCAUCUGUAUCCGCUGCAGCAGCAGCAGCAGCAGCCGCCGCCGGUCAACAUGUCCAUGUCCAGCUCAUCGAAUCUGAAGCCAAAUCGUUCCCGUUUCAUGAUCAAUGAUAUUCUUGCGGGCAGUGCGGCAGCCGCCAGCGCUGCAGCAUUUUACAAGCAACAUCAGAACAACAACAACAAUACUACUACUAAUAACAACAACAGCAACAACAACAAUAAUAAUAUCAAUAAUAAUAAUAACAACAAUAAUAGCGAGCAUUUGGAAACGGAAUCGGAGCCAACAACGCCGCCUAGUUCAGUUUUGGGACUUGCACCACCGCCGCCACCACAUCAGUUGGCGCAUCAGGCGCACCCACAUGCGAUCCAUGUCCACCACCAGCAGUCACAUACACAUCCGCAUCCACAUCCGCAUCCGCAUCCACAUCAGCAUACGCAUUCACUUCCGCACACCAAACUGACCCAUUUUGGAAGCACCGCACAGCUGGCCACCAACGGCCUAAGCGUGGCACAUUAUGCAGCGGCAAUGCAACAGCAUUAUGCAGCAGCCGCCGCAGCAGCAGCGGCGCGAAACAAUGCAGCAGCAGCAGCCGCAGCGGCAGCAGCGGCGGCUGUGGCAGCAGCAACUGGAGCCGGUGAAGCGCCGACGCCGUCGGCUGAUCUUGAUGAUAGCAGCGACUACCACGAGGAGAACGAGGACUGCGACAGCGGUCACAUGGAUGAUCACAGCGUUUGUAGUAAUGGUGGCAAGGAUGAUGAUGGCAACAGCAUCAAGAGCGGCUCCACCAACGACAUGAGCGGGCUGAGCAAGAAGCAGCGCAAGGCGCGCACCGCCUUCACCGAUCAUCAGCUGCAGACACUGGAGAAGUCAUUCGAACGGCAGAAGUAUCUCAGCGUCCAGGAGCGACAGGAACUGGCGCACAAGCUCGAACUGAGCGAUUGCCAGGUGAAGACCUGGUAUCAAAAUCGAAGAACUAAGUGGAAGCGACAAACUGCCGUGGGUCUCGAGCUGUUGGCCGAAGCGGGCAAUUUUGCGGCGUUUCAACGUCUGUACGGCGGUUCUCCGUAUCUGGGCGCAUGGCCGUAUGCGGCUGCUGCCGGCGCUGGCGUCGCAGCAGCUGCUGCUGCUCAUGGCGGACCUUCCCACUCGAGCAUCGAUAUCUACUAUCGACAGGCGGCGGCGGCAGCCGCGAUGCAGAAGCCAUUGCCCUACAAUCUGUACGCGGGCGUGCCGAGCGUCAGCGUUGGUCCGAUGGGCGCAGCCGCCGCGCCCUUUUCCCAUCUAUCCGCCUCCAGUUCGCUGUCCUCGCUAAGCAGCUACUAUCAAAGCGCAGCGGCGGUCGCAGCGGCAGCCAAUGGUGCUGGCGGCGGUGGUGGUGGUGGUGCGGUAGGUCCGCCACCGGCAACGGCGCCAACUGCUGGCAUGGGCAUCAUACAUAAGCCACAGCCGCUGGUGACCGGUUCACCAGCUCGUCCGUCGGCAGCCAGUCCGGGCCAUCCGCCGUCGACGCCCAGCCCGACAUUGAAUCCGGGCAGUCCACCAGGCCGAUCCGUGGACAGCUCUCAGGCGCAGUCCGAUGAUGAGGAUCAGCUGCAGGUGUAAAAAGUUUAAUAUUAAAAAAAAAAACAAAGCAAAAGCAAAAACAAA